AUGAGACACCAGCACAGCCUCACCAUGAGACACCAGCACAGCCUCACCAUGAGACACCAGCAGAGCCUCACCAUGAGACACCAGCACAGCCGCACCAUGAGACACCAGCACGGAUUCACCAUGAGACACCAGCAGAGCCUCACCAUGAGACACCAGCACAGCCUCACUGUGAGUCACCAGCACAGCCUCACCAUGAGACACCAGCAGAGCCUCACCAUGAGACACCAGCACAGCCUCACCAUGAGACACCAGCAGAGCCUCACCAUGAGACACCAGCACAGCCUCACCAUGAGACACCAGCACAGCCUCACCAUGAGACACCAGCACAGCCUCACCAUGAGACACCAGCACAGCCGAACCAUGAGACACCAGCACAGCCUCACCAUGAGACACCAGCAGAGCCUCACCAUGAGACACCAGCACAGCCUCACCAUGAGACACCAGCACAGCCGCACCAUGAGACACCAGCACAGCCUCACCAUGAGACACCAGCAGAGCCUCACCAUGAGACAAAAGCACGAUUUCACCAUGAGACACCAGCACAGCCUCACCAUGAGACACCAGCACAGCCUCACCAUGAGACACCAGCAGAGCCUCACCAUGAAACAAAAGCACGGUUUCACCAUGAGACACCAGCAGAGCCUCACCAUGAGACAAAAGCACGGUUUCACCAUGAGACACCAGCACAGCCUCACCAUGAGACACCAGCACAGCCUCACCAUGAGACACCAGCACAGCCUCACCAUGAGACACCAGCACAGCCUCACCAUGAGACACCAGCAGAGCCUCAUCAUGAGACACCAGCAGAGCCUCACCAUGUGA